AUGUCGGAAGAGCGGACGCAAGCUCUGCGUGUAGAGUUGAAGACGUGGGAGAAGCAAUUUUCUGUACAACAUGGCGGGAAGAGACCGAGUCGUGAGGACAUCAAGAACAAUGUCGAGAUUGGUAUGCAGAGCACGAGACCUCGAAUUCAUGAUGUUGUACUGAUGAACGACUGCANNGCUGCAAAGUACAGAGAGUAUGAUAGACUGAGACGGCCAGCGACAAAACAGAUCGAGUCGCAACACGCCAGACCUACAAAGCCACAUGAUGCAACACCCAAGAAAGCUGCUCCAGCAGCAACACCACAGAAAUCCAACUCGCAUUUCCUCAUCCCGAACAUCUUAACACUACAAGACGAGGAAGUAGAACUCGAACCCACUCCUGCUGCUGUACGGAUGCACCUUGGGCCCACACCACAAAAGGACGGUCACAUCCUCAGUCUCUUCGAUGACCUGUCGUCAACAGCCUCCAAGCCUUCCCGCACCGCUCUCGCAUCCAUAGAAGCAAAUGCGAAUUUUACCCCAAGUAAACCCUCACAACUUCUCUUUGCCGACAACGAAUCGCCACCGGAGAAUGUACACGACCGCACUCCUGCUUCAAGCAGCAAACGCUUCCUGCUCGACUCGUUCGUCUCGACCACACCCCUGAAGAGAAAGCGUGAGGAUGAAGAACCUGCUCAUGCCACACCAUCGAGUGCANAGGGUCUCUCGACACCCGCCUUCUUGCGUAGGACAUCCAAUAAGCUCAUCAUGGACACUCUGGUCGAAGAAGCCGAGAACGAUCAUGAGAUGAAGAGUAUGAACAUUGGCAGAAUGCGGCAACCGCCCUUCAAGAAGCGUGGCAUUGUCAGAAGUCUGAGCAGCAUCAUUCAGGGCCUGAGGAAGCAAGAAGAUGACAAGCUUGACGAAGAGCUGGAGAUGAUGCGUGAGAUGGAGGAUGGUGAAGAUAACCAUGAAUCAGCCAAACCCGCUGUCCAAGUCGAAGACAGUCAGGUGGUUAUGCCAUUAGGCCCUGACCAAGGCGUUGAGAGCGAAGAGUCAGAAGAGGAAGAGAGAGAUACUGGUGUCUUCAGGAAGCCCUGGAAGAAGAAGGGCUUGAAACGCCAGACCAAGCGUGUCAUCAGUAAGUCUAGCCUGCAUCACUUGGACCCUUCAAACCAUACUAACCACAAUUCAGUGCGACCUGCGCCAAAGUCCAAAGCCCCAGCUGAAGCAGACCAACCCGACACGACUUCCGACAACGAAGCUAACGUUGCCGAAACACAGCUGCCUGGUGCUGCGGAUGACGUCGAUUCGGACGCAGAUUCAGACGCAGCAUACAGCGACACAGAGGCAAAGCGUAAACGGCAACUCACCAAAACCACUACUGCAGACAAAGACGACGCUGCAAAGAGCUCCAAGGGCGAUGGUAUUGUCAAAAAGGCAGCCAAGAAGAUCAGCGCCACGGCACAUGCCAACUUCAGGCGGCUCAACAUCAAGAACAAGAACUCAAAAGCCAAUGGCAGAGGCAGAUUUGGCAAGAGGUGA